AUGGCUGAGUUGAAGUUAGGUGAUGAGGACAGCUUGAAUGCCACAAUAGUGGUCCUUGGUGACGCCAGGGUAGGUAAGACGGCAAUCAUCCACCGCCUUGUCUGCUGGCAGAGCGAAACACUAGAGGGCCGCUACCAACCAACAGUGGAGGAUAGUUAUACACGCGACUACAUUGUGCAUCAGUAUCGUUGCCGCAUACGGAUCAUGGAUACAUCGGGUAGCUAUGACUUCCCAGCUAUGCAACGGCUCUGGAUUCGACGAGCCUCCGCCUUCUUGUUGGUGGCAUCGCGCGACCGCCAACAGAGCCUUGAUAAUCUUAUCAGUCUACGAGAGCAGAUCUGUGAGGAACGGCCCGAUGAACACGACAGAUUGCCAAUCGUUUUGGCUGUGAAUAAGCAUGAUCUCCACAUCGACCAGUGGGUCCUGACAGAUGCUGAGAUCGAGGCUGGUGUCCGUAGACUUGGCCUGCCUGGCGCGAAUAUGGAAGCUGUGGUAUCCACCUCAGCUCUGGUCAAUGAGGGCAUCUCGCAGUUGCUUCAAGUACUCUGGGAACAGAAUGAGUUAUUCCAGAUGCGCCACAUUCACUUUCCGAGCAUUGCAACGCCACCCACGAGCUACAUUGGCUUCACAUCAAGUUACCUGGCAUCAGCAGUGUCCUGCGCUGGAGCCAAUUCCCUGGGAGAUCUGAGGAGCCGGCGAUUCAGUGCAUUUGCAGCCAUCGAUAAACCAAACCACCCAAGCCUCAGCAGUAACAUCGGUAGCUGUCAGACAUACUACGAUGGUGGGCAGACGAGGAAGAAGGGGGGUAGCUCAAACAUACUAGGUGUUGCUUGCGAAGAGGGUCAUGCGGGCAGGUUAAAUCUCGACCUGGAUACCAAUGAGGUCACUGGGAAGAGAAUACAUCGAAGCUCAGUCACCGGAACGUCUACGGGGAGAAGUAGUAAUGCCAGUAGCGGGAAUGGAAGUGGCAAUAAUCCAAGCAGCCGGAAGCUCUCCCUGGUCAUGGCCUCCAAGAGUCUGUUCAAAAAUCGUUUUCUCAGCCAGCGGAGAAGUCAUACAAGUGAGUUGAAAAGAGAAUGUCGGCCAAACCCUGAGAAGCCAAUAGUCAUGGAUUGUACUAUUUCAUGA